GACGCGUCCUCUCUGGCGCGCGAAAGUGGCCCUAUGCAAAUUUGACCUCCAAAGGGUCACAUUCAGCCGAUUAUCCAAUGUGUUCGGAGUUGGGGGCUGUUAUUACGCCCACUUGCGCGCAACGGAAGUAGGCGAGCUAUCAAAUUAACACGAUUGUUUGAGUACGCGAGUCGCUCUGGCUCCCAAAAGUAUGCGCUUGUGUGCCAAAGGCUCUCCCUAGCUGUGUGUAUAAGCUUAUCAAAAAAGAAGAGAAGAAGUGCGAGUUGGCUCAAGAAUAAGACGAAGCUAAAUAAUAGGGAUCCUUGUGCUGUGUGUGUUUGUCCAGGUUGUGUGCGCACAUCUUCGGCAGAUGGUGUAAAGGCGAUUAUAGCAAACAAACCGGCUGGGUUUAUUUGUUGAAAAUCUUGCUCACAAGAGAUGUGAAUUUCUCAAAGGACGAAAAGUGCACUUCCGACCACCGAGGGAGAUAAAACCAACAGUGAAAGUUUUAUUCAUGAAAUUGAAAACACACAACAUUGAGUAAAAAAAGGAAUGAAAUAUAUAUUGUUUAUUAUUGUAAUAUGCAAACAAUAGUUUAAAAUUUUUCAAAUCUACUUUACAUUGGGAAAAUUUUAGAGAAAGAUAUCGAGUAAUUAAUUAAAUAAAAAUUUAGCAAUUCGAUAAAUGGAAAUUACGAUAAUCAAUAAGCCGAUUUUUUUUUAAUUUAUGCUCAUCACUCAAUAUUAUUAUUUUAUUUUAUUAACUUAUUUUUUUGCUCUUUUAUUUUACACUAAAGUUGCAAUCCAGAAUUUUGUUCAUAUUUAUUUUUUCGAAAUUAUUUUCAAAUUCCACUAGGUUAAUUUGAUCGAGUCUAAGUGGUUGUUAAAUUUAGCCCCUGCACAAACUCUCCCCAAGUGGUGGCCGGGCGGGCACUUGAGGCAGGACAUUUUGAAGUUCAAACGAGAGGCGAAACUUUUGACUCAAUUGACUUUUGCCGCUUUAUCGAGUUACCCCGCGCGUAUACAUGUAUUAGGUUAUUGAAACUCGAUCCGCGCUCGCUCGCUCGCUCGCAUGCAGCGGCCGCUCUAGCUCGGUAUAUGGAGAGAUGCCACCCCCGGUGAAAUCGAAUCCCCUGAUUGAAUUUGCUUAUUCAGUCAAGCACCACGCAAUUACGCACUUAGCUCGAUCGACAAUAUCGCCGCCGCGCGUAUAAUGAACUCAUGAAGCGGGCCGACUACUCAAAUGGCCGCGCCGAAAUUAAACGCUCAAAAUGGAAAAUUGGCUGGCGGUGUUUCCAUUAUCUGCCUCCCUGCGCGCCUUGAUAUUUUAUAAUUAUACGCACACAUGGCGGCGGUCGGAUUAAAAUAAGCUUUAAUUAAUAAGAGAUUGGGUUUUGCGCGCACAUAAUACGAUAUUGCUACAAAGGCUGGCUGGCUGGCGAGAGAGGGGUGUCAUUAUAUUAGAGCGACUCGGCGCGUUUAAUCUGGCGCGUUCUGCAAUCAAGCGUAUACUCGCCGAGUAAUUGCAAUCCAGAGAGAGAGAAGGCUCUGUUUUAGAUUGCCUCGGCCAACCCACCUCUUUUUCAGCCACCCCUUUCGAAAGAAGCAAGGCCUGGGGAGGAAAUUAGGAAGAUUCAUGCCACCCCCGCCUUAAUUCUCGCCAGCCAAUUUUAUAUACUUUUGUUAUUGAGCCAUAAAUUCUUACUUUUGUUGUCUUUAGUUAAUUAAAGUGGCUCGCGUGUAUUUACACCGCUUUAAUUCGUUUAAUUGGCUUUUUAAUUAAAAACCGGCGCUUGUCGCUCGAUUCAAUCCGUGAUGCGCCGCAUUUUCUUCAAAAGUGAAAGUUGUUUUUCAAUUAAGAUCUCCAUCCGUGUUAUUAUCAGCGGCAAAUCUCUCCCCCUGAGAGCAUGAGAAAGGAGAGGAGGCAAAAUGAAUUUUAGCGCUUUAGCCGGGGCGGAUAAAAAAAUUGCGGUGGCCUUUUUCCGACGAAAAGUAAUUUUGGAGAGGGUGAAAAUAAUGUAAAAAAAGCGUCAGAAAAUGAGAAUCCCAUAGUUAAAAUCCUGAUAGAUCAUUACGAUAAGAUUCAAGCCUCUUUUUUUUUUAGAAAAUUGUUUUUAUGGACAAUAAUUGAGCUGCAAAAGAAAUUGCAAACUUUGGAAAAUUUAAAUUUGUUGAUGUGAUUAUGAACUUAAUGAUAAAAUCUCCCAAGUAUCUUACGAAUGUUUAUUAAUUUUUUUAAGCUUUUCAGAUUUUUUAAAGGCUGCAAUAAUUACUUUUGAAUUUAAUAAAAUAUUUGACAAAUUUAUCAAAAAUUUAAAGUUUUUUUCAUCAACCAUUAUUUUCAGUCAAAUUUUAAAAUAAAAUUCAUUACUAGAGCAGGGCCUUUCAGAUUUGAAGCUACCAGCAAUGAUUAAAAUUGGCCUCUGAAGAGUUCCACACUCCAAACACAAAUUAUGUUUGUGCGGUUGAGAGACAGAAUUAGAAAUAAAUCUAAUUAAGUCUGCUCUCGAGAGAAGAAGUUGUACAAAUUAGUCUGGGGGUCUGAAUUUAAUUGCUCGGAUCGCGAGUGCAUGAAAUUUUGAUUCGCUUAAGAUUCGGGGCAUGUGUUUAAUUAUACAGAGCGGGCAUCAUCUUUUAUUUCAUUUCCCCUAUCGCACUCUGCGAAAAUUGGAUGGCAGCCCCUUUGUGCUGCUGCUGCUGCUGCAGUCCUCCCACGUUGUUAAUAUCGCACCAGGCAUCAUUCCACCUCUCCACCGCCGACCGCCGCCGCCGUCGCUUCUCCUCCGCCAAACUAAUUACAUUAUUGACUAUUGUGACGUUACAAAACCAAUUUUGUGGUAGCGAGCGAGAGUGAGGGGCUCUGCGGAUUCCUAAACGCCGCCGCUUGAUGGGAAUUAUUUUAUAACACGCGCCAGUCUUCGUUAUAUACGCACGCAUUUGUGUAUUAUGAUUAGGAAAAUGAGUCAUGAAACGCACUCCUUAAUUGCAAACUUCAAUUUCGCCAAAUUGACUGCCGCUCUAAUGGCUCCGAAUUUAAUUAAUUUUUUUACCCGAGCGCUGCCGCUGUUUCGUUAUAAUUACAAUUCCUCCCCGCUCGGUUAUUCCAUUGAGUGCUCGUGCAUGUUUAUUUCAGCAUGUACAAUUUAUUUUUUGCGAAGACGGAAUUGAUUCGAAACGGCAAAAGCAAAUAAUUGUAUUGGCUUCUUCUUCGUUUUCCGCGGUGGAACGGUAAAAAAAUAUCGCCGGAGUUGAUUAAAAAAGGAGUUUGGCGCGCGCGAUGUAAUCAAAACCAAUAAAAAUUAUCAAGGGAAUACAAAGGCAAGCAGCAGGUAAUUCUUCGGGAAAUGGAACUCUCCCUUUUGCGGCGCCGCCUGCAUUCAGUCGUAUAAUUAAAAAAUUGAUUCUCUCUCUCUCUCUCGUGCUAUACUGAGGGACAUAACUUUGCAAAAAGCAAUCUGCGGGCCCGAGAUGAAACUUGACUACGUGCUGGUGUAAUCGAAAUUGCGUGCUGUUGUGGAAACCACAUUUAUAAAGGUGUCCGCGGAGGCAGGAUGACGAUGGACGUGAAGGCGGAACCGCAACAUAACAAGGGCUCACAAGAGUGUGCUGGAUGUGGGAAGCGCAUCACUGAAAGAUUCCUUCUGCAAGCGUUAGACAGAUACUGGCAUGAAGAUUGCCUCAAGUGUGGAUGCUGUGACUGCAGACUAGGCGAGGUCGGCUCAACUUUGUACACAAAAGCGAAUCUCAUUCUCUGUCGCAGAGAUUACCUCAGGUUAUUUGGAAACACAGGCUACUGCGCAGCUUGUGCGAAAGUGAUCCCCGCGUUCGAGAUGGUGAUGCGCGCCCGGUCCAACGUGUACCACCUCGAGUGCUUCGCCUGUCAGCAGUGCAAUCACAGGUUUUGCGUCGGCGACCGGUUCUACUUGUGCGAGAACAAAAUCCUGUGCGAGUACGACUACGAGGAGCGACUCGUGUUCGCCAACAUGGCCUACAACCCUUCCAGUCUGGCCCACCUGAAGCGACAAGCAAGCCAACUGCCGCCGACCCCCCCUGGCGUGCUGAACGGCGGCGUGAUGCCUCCAGGGCCGGCUCCGCGCGGCGGCGGCGGCCUCGGGGACAUGAACAACAACACGUCAGGUAGCGGCGGCGGCGCGGCGGCCAAGAGUCCUGCGGGAUGUUCGUCGCUGCAGCUUCAGGGUGGCAGCUGAAGACGCGGCUGCCCAUCGGCCUGCAGACAAGUAUACGACAAGGACGCUCCUCAUUCUCUGUGUAAAUAGAGCUAGGACCAACUCGCGCAGUGCGGUUUUGUGUAUGUGUAAAUAAAAAGUAAAAUGAGAGGCAAGUCGUGGCGAGCUAGGACGGACGCACUGGUCUCCGAAAAACACUGGACCGCCAGUAUAAAGAAAGAGAGAAAAUUCAAUGUGUUUCGUACAAUGAUUCUCCUCGCUUCCUGCGCUGCUUUUUGGCUGCACUUGGAGGGCGGGUUGUUUUCAGAUCAGUUGAAGGUUUGCUAUGAGUAGACCUUUCUUUAAGUAUAGAGAUCGAUUACAAUAAUACAAACGUAUUAUUAAAAUGCUCUGUUGACAUUUUGCAUUUUUAAUUUAUUUAAUAACAUUCCAAUUUCUUUUGAAGUAUUGAGAGUUUAAUUCAAUCUGUUGAUUUUAAUUGUGUAUUUUUUUAAGCUAAUAAUAAUAAAGAAUUUUUCAAAUUUCUUUUCCGAAUAAUGAAUUGCUUUAUUAUCCAGGAAAUUGAAAAUAUAAAUUGAAUCAUUAAGAAUUAAAUUUCUAAAGAGCUUUUUAAAUUUAAAUCUGUAAAACAAACCUUGAUAGCCAUGGCAUUUUAGUAAAUAUAUCUUUUAAUUUAUUUGACCGAAUCUACCAGAUUCCAAAAUAAUGUAUACAAUUAAAAUAUAAAAUAAGCCAUAAUUAUCAACCAACUCUAAUUUUUGUGUUGAACGGAUUGUGUUUGCAGGUUGUAAUUAAUUUUUUUUCGUCUUUCAAAAAUCAAUUUUGCUCAUUAAUUUACUAGUCCUCUGAAUUUUUAUUUUUUAACGCCCCCCUCCACAGCCAGGCUUGGCAGCCGACGGUUUUAUGGCCAACGAUAAUUUAAAAAAUGUGUACAUAUAAUUCGCAUUCACACACCCAUAAUACACAAAAAAAAUGUAGAGCUAUUUAUCAGUAUAGAGGCAACUGGUUCAUCAGGCAGUCGACGCAUAAUAACUUGCUCAUUAAGUGUCGUGUUUAUACUUCAGCAUCGUUGUUCAUUGUGCGCAGCAUUAACCCUUCCCCUACUGACGGCGAGGUAAAUUUCACUGUGACGUACACGCCAAUUUGCGUUUUUUGUCUCUCUCGCCAUAGCCAUAUAAUUUAUAAAUAUGCAAAAAAUCUCAUACACACAAUUUCACCGUUGUUGACAUUCUUGUUUUGCUCUUGAUUGUAUAAUUAUCAUAUGCGGAUCCAUCAGUGGCGCAGUUUAUAGGUUGAAAGAAAACACAAGAAUUGUUAAAAAGAAAAAUGCAUUUUUUGAUUAUUUGUUACUAGACUGGUGAAAAAGUCUGUUUUCCCACAGGAAAGAUGAGUUUGUAGGCUUUUGUAGGAAUGGCAAACUCUUAACAAAAUAGAGUCAAAAUAUUUUUGCAUGAAACUUAAAUAUUUAUUUCACUCGCACAAAACAUGAAUCAGAAUGACUAAAUUCACAAAGAUCGUAAAAUCAUAAUAAUCUACACAUGGAACUAAACUAAAAGAUCACAAAGACUUUCACCAGUCUUUUUGUUACAUGUUGUAAUAAAAACUUUUGUAAAAUUGUAGUGCAGUAUUGAUAUAGCUGAUGUUGAUUAAUGUGACGCCACUCUGGAUCCAGCAAAUAUAAAUAAAAAAAAUCAUGCACUGUUGCUUUGCAAUAGAGAGGAAGACCACACGGCAAAGGACAGCAAUUUGAACCUGUGAUAGCUCCUUUUACUUACGUACAGUGGAAGAAAAUCAAUCAUUUCAUCAAAUAAAUG